AUGGAAGCUGAUAUGCCAGACAUGUCCACUCUGUCCGACGCUUCGCCGACGCCCCGGUCGGGGACUUCGCGGAGGAAGACUCGGACAAGGACGACGACGGCAUGCAAUGCCUGCAGGGCGAGGAGGACCAGGUGCGAUAGUCGGAAACCCGACUGUGGGUUUUGUCUCGCCCGUGGCAUCAAGUGCCACUACGCACAGAGCGAAGCAGCCCCUGCGCCUACAUCCAGGUACGUCUAUAUGGAGCUCGCUGCCAUAAACCAACGACUCGAUUACAUCACCAGCGUCCUACCUGCUACCCAGUUGCCCCCUGUCGCCCCGGGGGGUAUCCUAGAGCACAUCCCGGAGAACCACGUCUUCACUGGCGAAGAGAAACUGCCCUUCCAACUGCUCGGAACGGAGUGCAUGAUGUCCAUCCUCGGUCUUGGCCCUGGUUUCGCGCAGGAGCUUGCGACGCUGGAGAGGAAUGCCGCGCCAGUCGGGGUAGACAGUUCAUCGAGGGUGCGUCUCAUUCAGCGAGAACAAGCCCUCUCAGCCCUUGCUGCCUUCUCCACGCAUAUCCACGUCUGGUAUCCAAUACUUCGCCCCCGCUUCUCAGAACGCUAUCUGAGCAUCAUCUCGGGGCCUUUGCCGCCAGGGUCCGAGACAUGCAUGGUGCUGCUAGUUGCUGCACUUGGUGUUCUUGCCCAACAGGACCACCAGUUGGGAGUAUCCUGUUGUGACAACACCAGCGAGCUCUACCUGGAAGCCGCCAUGGCCUCCUUGCCAGCAGUUCUUAUCGAUACGAGCAUCGAGAGUGUUCAAUGUCUGGUACUUCUGAGCAUCUACCAUUGCUGUCUUUCCAAGCCCUACCAGGCAUACGACUACGCCAUGAUUACCUCGUUCAAGGUGCAAAACCUCCUGAAAUACGUGGGCGAUGGCGACGGCGAACUCUACGAGCAUCUAAAAAGAGCCUACUGGGCAGUACUGCUCCUGGAGAGUGAGCUUCGUAUUCAUUUCAACGUCAUCGGAAGCGGAAUUUGGGACCACGACGACCAGGUCGCGCUACCGGACAGCCGCCGCGCGUGGCAAUUCGACAUCGAAACGGGCUCGCCUCAUGGUUCAACGACUACUCCAGGCAGUAACGUAUCCGCCGACGUUCCUCAGACGGACCAAACGCAGUCGUACUUUCUCGCCGAAAUCUCCAUGAGGCGCAUGCUGCACCGCUGCAACACCGCUAUUCGCAGAACACCCCAGGGAGAAAUUGUCUACGCUCCGAACAUCGCGUUAGAGUUGGAACUACAGCUCGAUGAGUGGUGCGGCUAUCUUCCAGAAUCUGUUCGUUUUCAGAAUCUCGAAAUCGAUGCUUUAGCCUCUGCCCACACCCCCAUGUUCGUCGAACCUCUGGGCAACUUCCUACGUGUCCAGUAUUACUGCUGCAAGUUAUCAAUAUACUGGCCGGCAGUCUACCAGUGUAUUCAAGAUGGUGUAGCCACCUCGGAAGUGCUUCAGCACUGCAAGCGAUUCUUCCAGGCAUACAUUCAGUUGAUGCCAAGCCUGCUGAUAAGCAUUCGUAACUGCAUUGUCAACCGCUGGACGCUAUAUGCUUCCAUCUUUAUGUCAUCCAUGGCUGCCAUACAAGCAGCUCGGACACCCUGUCUUGGAGCUGGUUGUGUAGUGGACUGGCCUCAGCUUCUCAUGUGCUUGAAGUCCACCAGCACCGUAGACCGGCGAAUCGUGGAGGCCAGCCCAUCUUUGUCAUUGCUGGAGAGAUCCCUUGCUCAUCGCCUGACAGAGAUUGAGUCCUGGUUUGAUGAGGCAAAUAAUGAAGAUUAA